CUCCGGCCGCCAAUGGGUGCGGGCGCCCCACACACCGCCUUCCGCGAUCGGCGAUCGGCUGUGGCUGUCUGGCGGGGACAGAGCCGUGACUUGUAGCCUUUGCCGUGCCGGUCCCCAUGGCAGCCAUCUACUCCGGGAUUUACCAGAAGCUGAAAAGUGCCAAGACUUCUUGGGAGGAUAAACUCAAGCUAGCGCGGUUUGCGUGGGUUUCCCACCAGUGUGUUCUACCUAAUAAAGAACAGGUAUUACUCGAUUGGGUAAGCCAUGUGUUGGUUUCAUACUACAAUAAGAAACUUGAACUGGAGGAUGAAGUUGUUGAGAAACUCUGGGCAUAUCUAGACAACGUUAUCCACAGUAAAAGGCUACAGAAUCUCUUAAAGAGUGGCAAGACAAUUGGUCUCAGUUUUUCAGUAGCACAGGUCAUAAAUAAGAGGUUAUCAGAGGCCUGUUCUCAAAAAACACAGGAAAACAUUGGCACGGUGCUGAGUUGCUCCAGUGGCAUCCUUUCUACUCCUUCGCUCUCCAUCAUUUACACAGCAAAGUGCGAGCUCUUGGUUGAUCUCCUCAGCAACCUGUCCAAGCUGACAUGUCAGCAGCUGGCUUCUGACAAUGCUGUGGACUCCCAGUUGUUCAGCAUACUCCAUCUUACCUUUGCUCAGUACCUCCUGAUCCAGAGGCAGCAAACUAACCCAAAUCGUGUGUUUGGGCAUGUGACAAGUCACAUGCUGCAGCCAUGUCUGCUUCUGAGGCACUUGAUGACUGCAAGGAGCUGGACACAAGCAGAUGACAACCAUGUGCGUCAACACCUGAACAGAGAAAUCCGAAAUCAGGUAGAAACUUUGCUGCAGGCUGGGUUAUUCCAGCCUGAGCUUUUCUCAUCCUACAAAGAGGAGCUGCUGCCAGAACAGGAACUCCAGGAGAAGAAGAAAGGAGCUUUGAAAAAUCUUUUGCUACCAGUCGACACAGUGCAGACCAAGCUGGGCAGUGACUUUUGUGAACCUGCCCUCCAUGGAGCUGUUGUGGCUGGGUCAGUGUCGUUGCUAUAUAAGCUCUUUCUGGACUCAUACUGUAAGGCAGAAAACCACCUUGUAUGUUUCCACAUGUUCAGCAGGCUUUUUGGCUGUCUCAGGCUCUCUGGCUUGCAACAGGGCAUGAGGGAGGAUAUGCUCUCACCUGUGGACUGGAGCACGGAGCUGCUUGCUUUGGAACAGCUUCUGAGCUUGGUGCUUAGCAAUGAUAUCUAUAAUAUUGCCAGUGACCGUAUCCGGCACAAGGAGGUACAAUUUGGGUUUUACCGUAAGCUAGCACAGAUGUUGAUGAGGCACUCCCAAGCUUCCAUCCCUGCUUGGUUCAGGUGUCUCAAACUCUUGAUAUCAUUAAACCACCUUAUAUUAGAGCCAGACCUGGAUGACUUAGUGGCCUCGGCUUGGAUUGAUGCAAAGGUCUCCGAGCUACGUACAAAGAAGCCCCAGGAGACUCUCAUCAGCGCUGUGUUUCAGACUUAUUCCAAGCUGCGACAGUUCCCACGGCUCUUUGAGGAGGUGCUGACAGUCAUCUGCCAGCCAGCAGUUGAUGAGCUGAGGCUGCCUGUCUUCUCUGCUGGCCUGACAAUAAAGCUUCGUGAGUGCCUCCUUGAACUGCCACCCAACCAGAUUCUGGACAUUUUGUGUCUCUUCGUGGAGAAAUGCCAGACCCUUAUCAUUCCUGCUGUUGAAGGAUCAGUUGACAUGUCAUUGAAGCUGCUGUCAGUGUGCUCAGUGCUGCAUGCUUUUCUGUUCAACAUGAGAAGCCUAGAUGAUAUCACUCCUUCCCCUGUGGUCCUUCGCACUCAGAGUCUGUUGGCGAAGAUGCAGAAGGGAAUCAUUCAGCCACUGAUGAAGCUGCUGCAGGCUCCUAGGAGAGAGGAAGAGAAGUCAGACCUUUGGCUAAGAAAGGCUAGUGAUUCUGCUCUCCUCCUUGUUUACACUUGGGUUGAAGUAGACACUUUGUUUGGUAUCAGCUGCAGUAAGUAUGUGUCUCCAGGAGCUGAAAGUGCUGGUGCUGUUACUGAAUCUGCUGCAAGGCACUGGGGCAUUUCUGCGCUCCUCCCUGGUGUGGAGGAGCAGUACUGGGACAGAGUAAUGGAACUUGCAAAUAGUUUUACCUCCACUAGUAAAUACUGUUUAGAACUGCUGACACUUCAGAAAAUGAAGAUGAUCUUAGUGCAGAACAAAGCUGACCUACAGGCCUUGCAGCAUGCUGCAGCUUUCAUCUUGGAGUCUGGAAGAUCCAGCAUGAGCAGGGGAGAAUCUGAACCAUGGGAUGGAGAUAUAAUUGCAAUAAGUGAUCUCACCUACCCCACAGCACACUGGCACCUUAUCAUAUCCAACCUGACUAUCCUGUUGCCAUAUAUAUCCUUGAAAGAUGUAGAGUACAUGGCAGAUCUGCUUCUAGAGACAUUAGUAUUGGUCAAGGCUCAGGAAGCUGCCACAGAUGAGGAGCUUUCCAUCAGCAUUGGAAAGGUAUCUCUUGGUUUGAUGCAUAGCUCCUUUCUCCCAGAAAUGAAGGUCCUGCAUUGUGCUUUUAUGACUAGGCUUAUUCAUCAGUUCACUAGGGUGUUGUCCACUGCUGCCAGGGAUUCAGUAGAUCUGCCACUUCAACAGCUGUCUGCAGGUAACAUCCCUUGGCAUGAAGAAAUCCUGGCUGGCUGCAGACCUGCUGACCUAUUGGAAGCACCAUUAGAAAACAAACUGCUGAAGGAUGAGUUCAGCUUGUCUUGGAAGACACUAGAGAAUGUUGCCCAGUGUAUAGUAUUGUUAGCAAAAAAUGGCCACCCUGUCAUCCUGAAAGAAAGCCAUCUAGAGAGCUUCUUGGGUUUGCUAGAAGUUGCUUCUCUUCUGAAACUAGACAAUCUUCUUCCCUCUGACUGUACCCGGUGUUUUCUGGUGCUGCUGUCCCUGCUGGCCAAUACCAGGGUUAGAGUCUCUUGCAGCAAACUGUUACUGCUGAAGUUUUUAACCACCUGCUUCCACCUCCUGAGAUGCCUGCAAGAUGGCAGGAACAUCAACUCUGUUCUUAAGGUGUUUCACGCCAGCGAUGUUCUUGAGGUGGUCAUGACCUCCCAGCUUACAGCUAGCAAAUUCUUCACUGAUGUCUUGACUGCUCCUAUUUGGGCACAGUAUCUCCAGGAAGUCCAGGCCUUUUUGGAAAACUUCCUUCAGAUGAUUAUUGAAAGAAGGCAAAGCGUGAGGCUCAACUUGGAAAAGUUCAUGUAUUUCCUGGAGAGCUGCAAGCUGGACAUUGGUGCAGCCCAAAGCAAGGGCUGCAGAAAUGGGAAUCCUGCGGCUGGGCAGUUACUGCUCAUGGCAUUCACCACACUCUGUCAUGUUGUCACGCGCUACCUUCAGCAGCUGCCAGAAAAAAAGCCACACUCUCUGGAUGUGCUGUCUGCUCUGUUGGAGCCAGUAGUUCUGCAGAUGGUCAGAACUGUUGAACAAGGGGUUCAGAGGAGCACCCCAAACCAGCCUUUGCCUGUAGCAUUCAUACCAUCUGUCACUACCCUUCUUAAAGCAGAUCUGAGCCAUGCUGUCCAGGGCUGGCAGAAGGAGCCCAGUGGGUUUUUGGAGCAACCACGUAUUAAACUGUACCAAGAGUUUUACUCGCAGAUUCUGAAAGAGCUGCCGUGUGCAGGGGAUAAUCUGCAGUUCCUUCGGUUUUCGUUGCAGUUCCUGACAGUCUUCUGCUCAGUUCCAGAGCUGUAUCCCGGGAAAGAAACUGCUGUCACUGUUGUUUUUGCUAUGAAAAAGCUUCUCACUGGUCCUGCAAUCACAACCCAGGUGAUCCAAAGUAUGGAGAUGGAGCUGACAGAGGUGCUUGCCCAGCUGCUGGGAAACUGCUCUGAUGAAGAGUUUUAUACCAUAAUGAGGUUGGUGCUGCAGGGACUUGAAAUGAGGAACGUUUGGCAACAGAAGGCUAAAGAAGUACUGUCAGCUGUUACAAUAACCAAAUUGUUGCUCAGCUGCCCAUUAAGUGGAGACAAAGAGAAAGCUUUCUGGUUUGCCAGCCCACAGAUAAUCACAGCUUUAGCUAUGCAAACCAAAGAGGCCUGCCAGGACCAGUCACUGAUUUCCACCAUAGUCAUACCUAUUCUAGAGACUGUAGCAGCUCUGCUGAGGCAAGGAGAAGGGGUUCUCAUAAAUCCACACCACGUGGCAUUGGCAUUCAGCAUUCUCUUAACAGUCCCUCUCAGUCAUCUGAAGACAGAAGACUAUCGUGGUGUCUUCCUGGGAGUCCAUGAAGUGCUCUUCUCUAUUGUGCAAUGUCAUCCAAAGGUGCUGUUGAAAGCAGCACCAUCUUUUCUGAACAGUUUCCAUCGUCUGGUUGUUUCUGUCAUGCAUGAAGGACGUCAGAAAGGAGACAGAGGCAACACAGAUGAGUUUGAAGUUAUACUGAGGUGUGCACACUUGGUGGAACGGAUGUAUACUCAUAUUGCUGCAGAAAUGGAGGACUUCACUGUGUUUUCUGCUUUCAUUGUGGCUCAGUAUGUGACUGAAUUGCAGAAGGUGACUUUGCACCCAGCUGUGAAGAAACAUCUCACAGAAGGGAUAUAUCACAUCCUUGACCUUUGCAUUGAACGGGACAUCAAGUUCUUAAAUACAUCACUACCAGCAGGUGUAAGGGAGGUCUUUAAGGAUCUGUAUAACGAUUACAACCACUACCACAAAGCAAGAAAACAUGGGGAGGAAAAGUACACUGCAUGAUGAUUCCUGCCUGGUGCUAUGUCAUCAGUUGUGAAUUCGUAUUGCAGUGCUCAGAAAAUCCUCAGUUGCUGUUUGGUUUUGAAUGACUAGUGAGAUAAGUUCUGAAGAGGGUCCUCUAAACAUGGAUUGCACCUAUCGCUGUACAGCCAGCCUUCGAAUGGGAAAGGGGAGUGAUGAAGGAGGAUGUACUUUAGAUGUGCAGGAUCUGCUGUACCUGUGCUGGCCCCAGUGAACUUGCUGGGAGCCCUGGGGAGCUUGCUGCAGCCUGGUACCAGAUGUCAGGCUUUAGGCUUUAGCACAUCCAUGGUGCUUUUUCCUCUGGAAGCAAUAGUCUGGUGUAAAAGCCACCGAGGGUUAAAACUCCUGCUCUCCCUUACAUAGUAAGCAAGAUUAAAGCACUCAAAGUGCUUAUUUUUGUACCUGUUGUUUUACAUUUUUUUAUUGAAGACAAUUGUGCAGUAGGUUACUCUGCAGAACUGUGCAAAUACAGUAAAACAUUUGAAAGCUUGUAUCUCUUCACUUGUUUGGUUUUGCUCUUCAGUGUAGCCCUGGGCAACCUGGUCUGAUCUAUUGAAUUUUCUCCCCAGCUGUAUUAUCCUGUGAUCUCAUGAUAAUCAAAAAGACUGACUACUUAGAACUCUGUUCGAUUUACUGUCAUUAAGCAAUUACGCUUAAGUCAUCUGAGCUGUGGUCACUUUCAGGGUACAUUUUUAGCCUGUUAAUUACCAAGACCUAUCUGAGACCUUUUUGAUCUAAGUUGAGGCUUGUUGUUUUGCAUUCACUUAAAGAGCAAGCCCUGGGACUUACUGUAGCUCAGCUGACAGUAAUUUAAUAAACUGUGGUAAAUUAAUCACAUUUGAGCCUGUAGAAGCUUUAUCAAACAGCUUCCUUUCAUUAGCUAAACUACAGAAGUUGCUUGAAAAUGAUAGAGACUAAAGAUGUAAACUCUUAUGUAAGUGGUAAAACAAUAUUCACAUUUGCACACAGCUAGUAAGAACUCGAUACUCUCACGUGAUGUCUGCUUUAAUCUAUAGGUAGUGCAUGGGCAAGGGAGACUGGAAUGUGGCUUAUCACAUUUUGUGGUUCCAUCUGCCUCGUAGUAAGAUUCAAAGGAUGAGGUUUGGCUCAGGCAGAAGACUCCAUCCACAUGGCACAGGGGAGGGAAGUGAGCCAGGCUGUGGUGCACAGAGGCAAGUGGAGCUGGACUUUGGGGCAGCUGGGGCGGGAGCAUGGCAUGGCUUAGCUUGGCAGCUGCUGUCUAACGUAAAGCCCUUCAUGGUCCUCUUGCACUGUCCUGCUUGCUGUGGCCUUGGCAGGACACUUCUGGCACAUCACAGACCUUCACUGGGACCGUGACUAGGCUUAUGGUCCUGGGUGGCUCUUAGGCCUGGGCCGUGGAGCAGCUACCUCUGCAGCUUGUCCUGGUGCCUGCUCACCUCCUCCAGCUCUGCCAUGUGGAACCUCAUGUGCUGGCUAAACUUCAUCCUUUGGACUGGAGAUGAUCCUCCUUAUGUUCUGAACGGUAAGCUUGAAGAGGAAGCUUUGACACUGCAAGCGCUCUUCAGAAGUAGCCACAAGAGUGGUAUGUUAUCAAUACUGUUGUAGCUGCAAAUGCAAAGCACAGCACGAGGUGGGCUGUUGCAAAGAAGUUAACUCCAUCCAAGCUGGACCCUGUACAGCACUGUGCCAUUUCUGUAUUUUAUUUCAAAGUUGAAAAGCUGAUGUGGGCUAGUGUUGGGAAGGGCAAUUACUGUUGCCCCCCCCUGCGCAGUGGGACAGAGAAGGAGGCCCCAGAAAAGAAACGUGUAAGCUGGGUGCAGCCCAAUGGGCAACAAAAGGAGGGAGUCUCCAGGGUGAAGGCAGUUAGUAGUGUAGUAAAAGGAAGGAAGGAAGGUUAUGAGCACUGGGAGAUGAUCUGGAAAGAACAGGAUAAAAAAGAGCGCUAGGUUUGGAGCGGGGGAGGAAGGAAGUGAGGUAGCAUUUCUGGCGUGUAAGUGUCAAGGCUCCCCUGAUGUAGCCAUAUGGUUGCAAGCCACACACAUAGCUCAAAAACUUCUGAGUGUAGACCACAGAAUAAAUAACAGCUUACUCAUUGCUGUAAAGGAGGUAGACUCUUGGAGUUGGCGUGAGAUUUAUUUCAUUAAUACAAACUUUUAAAGUUUUAUCAGUAUUAACUUCUUGGCUUGGAAAUGAAAAUGAGUAACUGACAGGGGUAAUGGAAAUAACAAGCUCCUACUAUAAAAGAGACACAGUGCUUGAAUGAAUGAAAACUUGAAACCCUGCCACAAUUAAACCUUUAUUUCAAAUGUGCUGUGCAACUGCCACUUGCCCCCAGGCCUCCCUCCUCCUUCUCCAGGCUAAGCAGCAGAGUUCUGAAACACAAAGCAGUGUUUCUAUGUGGAAGUUACAAAGGGGUUAAAAAGAAGGCUGUGUUUCGCUUGCUAAUCCUCGGGCUUUGUCCAAGAACUGC